AUGACGACGGUGCCGGAUCAGUACCCGGACGGAUACCCGAUCGGCACGCCGGGCGUGCCGUGGACGACGACCGAGCGCGAGCGAUGGCGCGCGCGCGUGGACGCGCCGAAGCGCUCGUACGCGGACGACGUCCUCGCGAAGCUCGACGCGCUGAAGACGUCAUCACACGGCGAUCGCUUCGAGGUUGUGAAAUACGGCGCGCUGCCGUACGACGCGUCGGACCCUGACCGUUACGCGCUCUUCGCGUGCGUCUCGCGCGAAUGGUCGAAGGACAAACCGUCCGUCCUCGUCACCGGCGGCGUGCACGGGUACGAGACCAGCGGCGUCCAAGGCGCGAUCGCGUUCCUCGAGACCGCCGCGGGGAACUACCUCGACGUCUUCAACGUCCUCGUCGCGCCGUGCGUGAGCCCGUGGGGGUACGAGCGGAUCCAGCGGUGGAACGCGUUCGCGGUGGAUCCCAACCGGUCGUUCGACCGCGCCGUCGCGUACGACCCGCCGUCGCCCGAGUCGGCCGCGCUCCUGGCGCUGGUCGACUCGAUGGAGCUCGGGGCCCAGAACGAGUGGAUGGCGCACUUCGACCUGCACGAGACCACGGACAGCGACGAGGCGGAGUUCCGCCCGGCGAAGGCGGCGAGGGACGGCGAGACGAACGCGCCCGACGUCGUCCCGAAUGGGUUUUAUUGCGUCGGCGACGCGGAGAACUCGCGCUUCGAUUUUCAAGCCGCGGUGAUUCGGAGCGUCGCGAAGGUGACGCACAUCGCGCCGCCGGACGCGAGCGGGAAUAUCAUAGGCGAGCCGAUCACGCAGGAGGGCGUGAUCGAGUACCCUUUGAAAGCGCUCGGGCUGUGCGCGAGCAUCACGGGCGCGAAGUACACGACGACGACGGAGGUGUAUCCGGAUUCGCCGACGGCGUCGGACGAGGAGUGUAACUCAGCGCAGGUGGCGGCGGUGACGGGGGGGUUGGAUUACAUCAUCGCGAAGGAGGGGUUGAUGGGGGCGAUGGGGAGGUGA